AUGUCAGGUUCAGAUUUUUCAGCUGAGUUUUUCAGUGAUGAAGAAAAUAAGGUUUUCACUAAGUGGAUAGAGAAAUUUAAGGACGUCCUAUCUUUGAUGACGGAGCCUACUGAAGCGCAGAAAUUAUUGCGUUUACGCUUUUGUUUAGCGGGUCAAGCCCGAAUAGCGUUUGAUGAAAUGAACCCCCAACCUACGACGUUGGCGGAGGCAAUUGAUACUUUAAAAAGAAAAUAUGAAAACGGCAAUAGUAAAGUAAUUGCUCGUCAAAUUUUAUCAAUUUGUAGACAAGCUCCAGGCGAAUCAGUAUUUGAAUUCGCAAAUCGUCUUUCGGAUACUGUCCGAACAGCCCUCUCCGGUGAAGAGGAGGAAACAAUUAAAAAACGACUUUUAGACGAAUUUUUGGAUAGACUUUUACCGGAUUUACAAUUCGAGGUUAAAGCGCAAAGGCCGCUAGAAUAUGAUAAUGCGUACGAAAUAGCACUGAAUUAUGAACUGCUGCUUGCAGCAAGAAAAUCUAACUAUAAUAAUAUUUCAGUUGCUAGUUUGGCAGAAAAAGUUGAGGUAUCGACGGUCGAAAAUAAUAGAAGGCAAAGGAUCAUCUGCUUUAAUUGCAAGAAAAGAGGUCACUUUGCUAGAAACUGCUUUUUCCUUAAACCUGAUUUCAAUCAGAGAAAUUACAGACCCCAACAUUUCGGGAGAUAUGAAGAUCGCUCUUGGCAUAAUAAUAAAAAUUACAAAAGAAAUAAUAACUAUUUUAACGAGAAUAGACCUUAUAGAGAUGAAAAUUAUCAAAGAAAUAAUAGGUCAAAUAAUAGAACAAGAAAUUAUGAAAAUUACGAUAGUUCAAGUAGCCUAAGUAGCCGCUCAAGUAGUAGUGAGCGAGAAAAUAAUUCACCAGAACUAGGAUCAAAUAAUUACUGUAUUCGAUCGCCAAAUCGAAGAAUGAGAUUUGAGAGAAAUAGAAGUCCACGAAUAGGAAGUGUGAGCCCAUUUAUGCUUGUAGUUCUCGCAUUAUUCUGUUUAAUUGGCUCAUCUUUUAGCGCCCCUAUGAGAUGCUUUAAUAACACACCCAUUUCAACAUGGAGAUUAACAAACGAUCUGAUAUGCCCUAAAUUUAUUCUAGAAGAUAAUAUAUUGAAAAAUAAAACUCCUGCUUUUGAAAAUGAAUGUGCAAUAACUGAUGUAAAUAAAUGCAGAGGCUUUUUUGAUAGCUAUAUACAGAGAGAGGAGACAUUAAACCAAUUUAGUAUAAUAGUCUUUAGCUGUAUUGUUACGGUUCUAUUCGUAUUAAAAUUUGUUUUAUGCUCGAUUUUAUCAGGCCCAAUAAAUUGUCUACAUAUUGGAGAAGCAAUAUAUAGUAGAUUAAAGAGUUAUAGAAAGAAAAAUAAAAGAAUGAAACGUACUAGGCAAAUUAAGAACAAAAUUGAAUCAGAUAAAAGUGAGUUAAAAGAGAAUAAAAUUCCACUUUCUAAAAGAUGGCCCUCUAGGAAUAAAAUUCGAAGAGGAGAUUUAAAUAAAAAUAAACAAAAUAAUAUUAAAAUUUGCGUUACGGAAAAUACCCAGUGUGACAUAAAUUCCAGAAUAUUAACUAAAAUUAACGGAAUAACAACUAUAUGUUUACUAGACACUGGAGCACACACGUCAAUUAUUAGCAAUUCAAAUGCCAAGAAAAUUGGUUUAAAUGAUAUGUCUGCUGCAAAUUUUCCAGCAGUUUACGGAAUAGGCAAUAAAUUAGUACCUACUCUAGGUAUGGCUACAGUCGAGUUAGAGAUAGCCGAUUGCAAAAUUCAAACAACUUUUGUAAUUAUUAAAGAUACUGAGAAAAAGAAUCAAUCAUAUAGCGCCAUUAUUGGUAGAGAAACAUUAAGUUGUUUACCCCUUAUGUUAAAUUUUACAAACUGGGAGCUCAUAAAAAUUCCGAAUGAGUAUAAAUUCAUUAAUUAUAGAGAAUUAGACAAAAUAUCAAAAGUGAUAGACGAUAUAAGAAUUAAUAAAUCUGCGAAAGAAAAUAAAUUAUGUAAUUAUUGCAAGAAAAAAGGACAUAUUGCCAGUAUCUGUUUUUAUCGUAAUCCGGAUUAUAAUCCGAGAGGAAAUCGCUUUCAAAAUAAAGUUGAAAGGGAAAGCGGAGCUUUUAGAAUUGCGCAUAAAGACCAACAUAGAUUGAGAAUUUCGCAGCUCCAAUCCAGUCGGGAAUGA